GUUUCCACGCAUAUCUCGUAUUCUCGUGACACAAUUCAGUUUCGCGAAUAGAUAGGCAAUAAAGAAAAAAAAAUACAUAUACAGGGUGAGACAAUAACUCUGUUCACCUCGAAUAUCUCCGCUACUUUUAGAGAUAUGAAAAAAAUUGUAAUUACCAAAGUUGUACUAUAUUAAAGGGAUUAUAAUGUGGUAAAAAUAUUUUUUUAAAAAGUGGAGGUGCCUCAGAGAUUUCAAGGUCACCUUUAUUUUUUUUAAUGGCAUGCUAUACUUUUUUAUCCUUAGUUCGAUAGCGUACUUUGAGAUAAUUUCAACGACCUAUAAUUAAAAGUCAUUCGGAUAUGAUAUUCGGACCACGCCGGAAAAUGUAAAGCAACGAAUUAUUGCAGCAUGUGCGAAAAUCAGUCCGGAAGUAUUAAGAAGUGUACGUGUUUCAGGAAUUGAACGAUUGCAGCACUGCAUCGAUGUAAAUGGACGUCACUUCGAGCAUUUCUUAUGAGGUAACAAUCAUAUUAUUUUACUCCAUUAUUUAUCCAAACUCAUCCGAAUACCGUUCGAAUGACUUUUAAUUAUAGGUUGUUGAAAUCGUCUCAAAGUACGCUAUCAAACUAAGCAUAAAAAAGCAUAACCAUUAAAAAAAUAAAGGUGACCUUGAAAUCUCCGAGGUGCCUCCACUUUUUGAAAAAAUAGUUUUAUCCUUAUAUCAUUAUGGCUUUUUUGAUAUAAUGCAACUUUGAUAAUAACAAUUUUUUUCAUAUCUUUAAAAGUAGCAGAGAUAUUCGAGGUGAACAGAGUUAUUGCCUCAUCCUGUAUAUGUACACAGAUGAUAUUUAAUAAAUUUUAAAAAUUGAGAGAAAAUGAACCACAACAGUCCAUUCAGAGUACAACUUUGGAACAGUUUUGAACGACUACAUCGAUGCACGCGUAAGAUAGACGAUCUGAAAUCGGUGAUUGAACAAAUCGUAGAGGAAAUCGCCACGCGUAGCAACUGCAUAAUCUUUAUUACCGAUACCACCUAUCGCGGAUUAAUUGAUGUCCAUUCAAUUCUUAAGAUGUCUUCUUUUUUAACAAAAUAUGACAUCGCCAUACGCGAUAAUCAAGAUUUUUCACGAUCAAGGAAAUUAACAAGAAUGCUUCAAAGUAGCAAAGCGAUAGGUUGUGAUGCGUAUGUUAUACUAAUUGCUAAUGGAUUGCUAACAUCGCGAUUCUUACAAUAUGCCGAAAGAGAACGUCUAAUCAACACACGUGGUCGCUUUUUACUUAUGCAUGAUAAUCGACUCUUUAGAUCUGAAUUGCAUUAUAUCUGGAAUCGGAUCGUUAAUGUGGUGUUCGUACGACGAUACAACACAUACAAGUACCGUUCCGGUGAAAAAAUUGCUGCUGAACGAAUCGAUCUCGACACUGUCUAUUAUCCAUCGCCUACGAGGGAUUUCACGGCGAUCAAGUACAUCGACACAUGGCAAGAUAACAAAUUACGUUAUGGUAACGACCAUUAUGUAUCAAAAACUGCGGAUUUGCAUGGCAAUAGUCUACGAGUUGCAGUUUUUGAACAUGUACCGGCUGUAACAGAAGCCUCGCGAAAUCAUUAUCAAAAAAAGACAAGUGCUGACUCUAAGGCUUUGGGUAUUGAAUUUGAAUUAAUCCGAAUCAUAGCACAAGCAAUGAACUUUAAAGCAGAUUACUAUAUACCCUUUAAUAUCGCGGAUGACAAGUGGGGCAAGGUAGGAGAAAAUGAUAGUUAUACAGGACUUCUUGGUGAAGCAGUCAUCGGGAAUGCUGAUUUCUUUCUCGGAGAUCUACAUUAUACGAUACAUAAUCUAAAUUACUUUGAUCUAUCCACGCCAUACAACACGGAAUGUCUCACCUUUUUAACACCGGAAUCGCUGACCGAUAAUUCGUGGAAGUUAUUGAUAUUACCUUUCAGACUGAACGCAUGGAUAGCGCUCCUUUGCACCCUGUUGAUAGGCGGCGGAAGUCUUCACGUGUUCGCGUUAUUUUAUCAGAAAUACAUAGAGUCGUAUUUGAAACGCGAUGAAGCGAAUGCAUAUGACAGUAUGAAGGGUCUGUAUCUGUUCACUGGAUUUCAGAACAGCAUACUGUAUACGUAUGGUAUGCUUCUCCAAGUCUCCUUGCCGCGCUUGCCGAAUACUUGGACUGUGAGAAUCUUCAUCGGCUGGUGGUGGAUUUAUAGCAUUUUGGUGACAGUUAUUUAUCGCGCUAGCAUGACGGCCACUCUUUCACAUCCCGUUGCAAAAGUAACUAUCGAUACUUUGGAGCAGCUGACGAGAUCAUCGCUGGCAGUAGGAGGCUGGAACGACGAAAGCAAGGAGUUUUUUCUUGCUUCUUCUGAUCCAUAUAGUCAGGAGAUUGGCAAUAAGUUUGAGUUGAUCGAAAACGAGAAAGAUGCUAUCGAUGGAGUGGCUAAUGGGACGUUCGGUUAUUAUGAAAAUUCGUAUUUUUUGCGACACAUUCGCGGAAAGCGAAUAUUCGAAGAAGAGAACGGUCGAAAAAAUAAAAGUGAAAAAGAUACCGGAUCGGCAGUAAAGUACAAUCUACACAUUAUGGAGGAAUGCGUCGUCUACAUGCCAAUCGCGUUAGGGCUGGAAAAAAAUUCUCCGUUGAAGUCCUAUGUGAAUUUAUGGGUGAGACGGAUGACGGAAAUUGGUUUAGUGCGCAAGUGGCUGAGCGACGUUAUGGAGUGGUCCAAGAUCAACGAGUCUCGACAACAAUCAAAGUCUGAAACAGCGCUGGUGAAUCUGCGCAAAUUGUACGGUGCUCUCAUUGCCCUGGGCAUCGGUUAUAUUUUCAGCUUCAUAGCUUUAUUUGGCGAAAUAAUAUAUUGGAAAUACGUUGUUUUAAGAGAUCCAAAAUACGAUAAAUAUUAUCUAGAUAUAUUCUAUAAGAACAACAAUACAUGUAAAACUUGA